CAGCCAUCCCUCCCUCUCCUCGCGUCUAUCCCGCUCUCACUUUCAUCAUCCUCGCGCUCCGCGCAGCACGUGCCGGUUACGCACUCUCUCAGUCCACACCGUUGAGCGUCUUGGACUCUAUAAUAUGUCACGGACUUUUGGGACAAUCUUGAAAUGACCGAACUAUAGUCACGACUUUGAAUUCAUCUCACACGGACCCGCUCCGCUCCUCCCUAAAGAACCGAAAUAAGCGUCGCGCGCCGGAGGGGGAAAACCGGGCAUGUCGUUUACUUCUAAACGUUUCUGCUGUGAGCUUAGACAGUAUUUGUCAGGAAAACUUGAGUUAUGGGAUGCGUUUGGCUUUUUUUUGUCCCGCAGGCUGUUUCUCAAAACUUUUGAGUAAUUAAUGCGCACGUUAGCGUCUCACCAUGAAGUGCUCAAUGUCCAGUUACGAUUUAAGAUGAAAAUUCAGCUGAAAUAUUCAUAUCCAUGUGGAGUCAGGGCUGUAUGGACGUAUCUUUGUGAUUAGUGAUAGCGGUAAUGAGGCUUUUCAACUGUAUCACCUGAAACAAGCUACUUUUGUUCACUUGAAGGUUGUAAGAAUGAGCUUUCUGCCUUUUAAAGGGAUGACAUGUUUUUACGUUUAAUUGUGUUACAUGCCCUAAUACUAAUUUAUUAGUAUUGUAUUAUUUUUUUCUGAUUACAACAAUCACUUUUGUUUAGAAAAAUAUUUGAUAGAGCUUUUAAACGCUUUUCUGCUUAAUCGGUUAUCGGUUGUUUAGCAUCGGGUCUCGCGAUAACUUCUAGAAAUAGCGUUCAACAAAGACAUUAUCGGGAACAGGAAACAAAAGUGUCCACAGGUAAAUUAAUUAAUUUUUUUUAUUGUUACUUACAUAAAUUAUUCAAUAAAUUUGUAUGUAAUAGACAUUAAUUCUUAAGUGCUAUGUUUAUAAUUAUCGUUCGUCAAGAUUAGCGAUUUUAAUGCAACUAAACAGGUUAUUUAAGAAACAUUAUUAUUAAAUUCAAUCAUUAAUAAUGCAUUAAUGCGUUUUUAUUAUUGUAGUAUGAUAAUUAUUUAGCUAUUAUUGUAAUAGAAAUCAGAAAUGAAAAAUUGGCUGUAGGAAACGUAAUACAAAUAAUCAUUAUCGGUCAUAAAAACAAACUGUAUCGGUAUAUGGUGCACUAGUUUGCUUGUGUAAACACAAUAAUGGUGGGUAGCCCUUCAAAUAACGGAGGCAUUAGGAUGCUGGCGCCCCCUGCACCCAACGAUGACAGGCGGGUCGAGUUUGUGGCUCUCACGGCUGUUCACACUGAAACAAGCGAGCCGUCCACCCCGGAGCGAGGACACCCGUCUCACCGCACCGGCUUACUGGGCACGCCGCUGCCGGUGCCACCGGGCCCGAGGGCGACCCCUUCUGCCUCCAGCAAACGCUACAGAAAGUUACAGAACUGCCUGUACAACGUGCUCGAGAGACCCAGAGGGUGGGCAUUCAUCUACCACGCCUUCAUUUUUCUCCUAGUGUUCAGCUGUCUGGUGCUUUCUGUUUUCUCCACCAUUCCAGACCAUCAUAAAUUUGCCAACGAAGCGCUCUUCAUCCUGGAGUUUGUGAUGAUCGUGGUUUUCGGGCUGGAGUACUUUGUGAGGGUCUGGGCAGCCGGAUGCUGCUGCCGGUACAGAGGAUGGCAGGGUCGGCUACGGUUUGCCAGAAAGCCCUUCUGCGUCAUAGACUUCAUUGUCUUCGUGGCGUCGCUGGCAGUGAUAGCAGCAGGCACGCAGGGAAACAUCUUCGCCACAUCUGCUCUGCGCAGCAUGCGUUUUCUGCAGAUCUUGCGCAUGGUGCGUAUGGACCGCCGGGGAGGAACCUGGAAGCUGCUGGGCUCUGUGGUGUACGCUCACAGCAAGGAGCUGAUCACAGCCUGGUACAUUGGCUUCCUGGUACUGAUCUUUGCCUCCUUCUUGGUCUAUUUGGCUGAGAAGGAAGAUAACCAAGAGUUUUCCACUUAUGCUGACUCCCUCUGGUGGGGAACAAUAACCCUGACUACGAUCGGCUACGGGGACAAGACGCCACGCACCUGGCAAGGUCGGCUUUUAGCGGCUUGCUUUGCCCUGCUGGGAGUGUCCUUCUUUGCCCUGCCCGCUGGCAUCCUGGGUUCGGGAUUUGCUCUGAAAGUGCAGGAGCAGCACCGGCAGAAACACUUUGAGAAGAGGAGGACUCCCGCUGCCAACCUCAUACAGGCUGCAUGGCGUCUCUACUCUACAGAUGCUCAGCACUCAUAUCUCACAGCCACCUGGUAUUUCUAUGACAGUAUGCUGCCGUCCUUCAGAGAACUGACAUUACUGUUCAGUCACCUCCAACGGCAGCGUAGCGCCAAGAAGGUUCUCCACAACUCCUACCACACCCUGCUGUCGGGGCUCCGGCCGUACAGCUCCCCCUACCUGUCGGGGGACAGUGGGAAGAUGGGCUUCCGUGACCGCAUUAGGAUGAACAAUUCACGCUCCUCUCAGGCUAUCCGGGGCAAGGCUUCUCCUUUGCCCCCAGGUAAUGUGCGGUGCUCGCCCAGCACGGAGAACGUUCCAGAAGCCACCAGCCCCGGCAAGGUCCAGAAAAGCUGGAGCUUCAAUGAUCGGACUCGAUUCCGGACCUCUCUCCGCCUAAAACCACGGCCCGCUGCAGAUGUGGAGGGAGUAGGAGAAGAGCACACAGAGGACAAAUCUUACUGUGACGUCGCCAUGGAUGAUGUGAUUCCAGCAGUGAAGACCCUAAUUCGAGCCGUUAGGAUUCUGAAAUUCCUGGUGGCCAAGAGGAAGUUUAAAGAAACCCUGCGGCCAUAUGAUGUGAAAGAUGUGAUUGAGCAGUAUUCAGCAGGACACCUCGAUAUGCUGGGCAGAAUCAAAAGCCUGCAGAUGAGGGUGGAUCAGAUCAUAGGCCGUGGAUCCAUUCCAUCAGAUAAAAAGGUGAGGCCUGAAAAAGGAGAGAAAACUCCCCCUGAACUGGAUCAGAUGGAUGAAUUGAGCAUGAUGGGACGAGUGAUGAAAGUGGAGAAACAGGUGCAGUCCAUCGAAAACAAGCUGGACCUGCUACUAAACUUCUACACCCAGUGCCUGAAAAAGGGCUCGUCCCACUUCACCCUGUCGUCCCUGCUGGAGCCGGACUUGACCUCUGACUACCACAGUCCGACCGAUCAACGCGACCUGUUCCCAUCUGCAAACACGCUUAAUAUCUCCCACUCAGACAGUGGCAACAUGGAAUGACCCCCAGAGACCCAGCCAGCAGCAGACAAAUCAUCCAAAGUCUAAAUACCUCCCUACACUAAUCUAGCACAGUUCCUCUAAACAACUGCUGUAUCCUUGCAUGGGUUCAUCCUUUGCACAGUGGAUGGUGGCUUCUGGCCUACUUUUCUAGACUACGCCUUGCAAACUAUGCUCUUAUAUUUCACAAUGUCCGCAGUGUUUUUAUUUUAACGUGCCUGUAGAAUCUUUCUUCUUUUUAUUUCAACUGAUUCAGGAAAGUUUUAGAGAAACAUCCUCACGUGGUGAAGACAUUAUUGAGGUUCUGUGUUGAACAUUUGAACUCGAUGGCAGAGUUUUAGCUGAGACCAUCGCUUUUUAUCAGUCUUCCAAAAUAGGAGGGGACGAAUCACUUGACUGCUCCUUUUACCUUUUCAUUGAUGGUGUUUCUUUUUGGAAGUCUCUGUGCCAAUAUUGUUUCUUGGUUUUGUUGAGUUUUUGAUAAUCAAUAGGCCCCCAGAGCAGUUCUAUUUUUCUCUCUGUCUUUUUUUCUAAGAAAUCAGGGCAUUGUGAACUGAACUUGAUUUUCGGACUCUCUUUCUCGGCCUUAAACUUUGGCCCGAUGCAAUAGACUCCUUGUGCCACAAUGAAUGUACUGCAUCCAGUACUCUUCCUUUAUUUAUCAUUGACAUAUCCUCUGAGAAAACGGCGUCACAGAUUGCUGUAAAGAACGGCAUGACGGACCGACGGACAGUAUUUCCACCAAAGCAUCAUCUCCUGUCAUUUUUAUCUUGCAUGGUUUCUCUUGGCAUUUCAGGAAGGAAGGAACUUCAAAAUGUGAGGCCUUCAGGCCCCCUCUCUUCUUCUGCGACAGCACCCUGCCACUGCAUCGUCUCUCAGAAGCCCACCAUGCAAAAAAAAGCCAAGAACAUCAAAUAAAUAAAAAUAUUCUUUGAUUAAAUAGCCA